AAUAUUUAUCGACAUCCAUUAUUACUCGAGUUAGGUUUUCAGUGCUGUGCCAAAUUGUCUCACAUCGAUAUGGCUCCAGGAGGCAAAUCCGCAGGCAAAGCUAUGAAGAAAUCCGGGAAAGCUCAGAAGAACAUUACUAAAUCGGAUAAGAAGCGCAAACCUAAGAGGAAAGAAUCGUAUGCAAUUUACAUAUACAAGGUACUGAAGCAAGUACAUCCAGAUACCGGAGUUUCCUCUAAGGCUAUGAGUAUCAUGAACAGUUUUGUAAAUGAUAUAUUCGAACGCAUCGCAGCUGAAUCUAGUCGUUUAGCUCAUUACAACAAGCGUUCAACUAUUACUAGUCGUGAAAUUCAGACAGCUGUUCGUCUUCUAUUGCCCGGUGAAUUAGCCAAGCACGCGGUCAGUGAAGGUACCAAAGCUGUUACCAAGUACACAAGUUCCAAAUAAACACAAUUCGAGUUAAAUUAUACCUUAAAACGGCCCUUUUCAGGG